UGGACCUCGCGUGAUGACGUCAGGGUACCGCUGGCUUGCCGUUGCGCCGCCGCGGAGGCCGCGCCUGAAGCCUCGGCCUGGCCGAGAGGGGAGUAUGGAGCGGGGCCCGGCGGGCUUCCCAGUUGAGUGACUGUGGGAGAUCGUGGUCCACACCAUGGCUUUAAUCGAAGGAGUGGGUGAUGAGGUGACUGUUCUCUUCAGCCUAGUUUUCAUGAUGCUGGUUCUCAUCCUGGCAUGGGCCUCCACUCGCACCGUGGACCGAGGUGACCAAGCGCUGCGACCUACUGGAGCUACCCCUGUGGAGCAACAGGACCCUGUAUGCCCCUCUUCCACCGAGGCCCCCCCACACCCAGCAGAAACCGAGACUGGCACAACAGCAGCAGAAUGCACAGCAGGAAGGCAGAGGGAUGUAGGGGAGGGGAAACGGGAGAGGCAGAGGGACAGAGCGGAGGGGGAUCAAGGGAGGGACAGAGCGGAGGGGGAGAGGGUUGGAGUGGAGGAGAGGCAGAGGGUUGGAGUGGAGGAGAGGCAGAGGGUUAGAGCGGAGGGGGAUCAGGAGGGGGAUGGUGGGGAGGGGGAGAGGCAGAGGGACGGAGUGGAGGGGGAUCAGGAGGGGGACAGUGGGGAGGAGGAGAAGCAGAGGGACGGAGUGGAGGGGGAUCAGGAGGGGGACGGUGGGGAGGGGGAGAGGCAGAGGGACGGAGUGGAGGGGGAUCAGGAGGGGGACGGUGGGGAGGGGGAGAGGCAGAGGGACGGAGUCGAGGGGGAUCAGGAGGGGGACGGUGGGGAGGGGGAGAGGCAGAGGGACGGAGUAGAGGGGGACGGAGUGGAAGGGGAGAGGCCGGAGAAAGAUACGGAGGAGCAAGUUCUGCCUGAACAUGAGGAAACGCCGCCCACCGUCACUGCCACUGAGGACUUGGUUACAGAUCAUGUGCCUGUACACCCGCGGCGGCGAGUGGCCGCAGCGAGAGGUGGGGAUGCUGCUGAGACUCAGUCCGCUGGUGACCAGCUCCCCCACAGUGACUGUGCCCAGGACAGCUCCAUGGUGAUGAGAUUGAAGUUCUUGAAUGACACUGAGAGAAUAGUUCAGGUCAGACCUGAACACACGAUCGGACACAUAAAGAGGACUCAGUUCCCUCACCAGGAGCACCAGGUGCGUCUCAUAUACCAAGGGCAGCUGCUGGGAGACGACACACAGACACUCUCCUCACUUCACAUCACGGGCAACUGUGUAGUUCACUGCCACAUCUCGCAGAAUGCCACGCCGCAGUCUCCAGCAGGGAGCCACGCGGCGGAGAACACCGAGACCACCCUCAACGUCGGGGGGUUGAUGCUGCCCCUCUUCUUCCUCAUGCUCUCAGUACUGUGGUAUUACCAGAUCAACUAUCGGCAUUUCUUCACGGCACCGGCCACCAUCUCACUGGUCGGCAUCACCAUCCUCUUCAGCUUCGUGGCUUUCGGAGCUUACCGGCGGUGAGAUUCUGACCUGGCCCAGGGAACAGGGAACCCCAUUCAGGACUGGCGUCUACUCUGAUUUUUAUCCAUUGAAACUGGAAAUCAUUUGGAAGGUGUGGCGAUAUGAUGUUACCGUGUGAUUUUCUGCUGUGAUGGAGCUGUUUUAAUAAGGCAAUAGUGCUGCCACUGACAUCGAUAAAGCUCUUUGCACCUUGUGACUGCCAUCUGGUCAUUGUUCUACCCCUGCGCACCCCUGCAGGAGCAUGCAGUGGGGCUCCUCAUCUCCCUGUCAGAUAACACCUGUCCACCCUUGCCCACAUUGGGUGCCAGCCGAGCUGGGGAGGCUUUGUCAAUGUGCAUACCUCCUGAAGGGGAUGGUUUUCUUCUGCCACACUUAUCUCAGUUGAAGGGCCAGCUUCAUAUUCCAAGUCACUUAAAUCCAGAGAAUUUAAAAACAGUUAUUCAGCCCAUCUCCUUGAUUCCUGCUCUCUUUCCAUGGUCCUGUAUUCAUUCCCAAACUAACUCCAGUGCCCUGCUCUCUCAAGCAUGCCCCAUUGCCUCACUGCUUCAUUUCCUCUGAUUCAAACAUUUAUCCAAUUGUUUCAAUUGUGACAAAAUAAAUUGAUGAAGGUAAGGUAAGAUUAAGGUAUCUUUAUUAGUCAUGUACAUUGAAACACACAAUGAAAUAUAUCUUUUGCGUAGAGGGUUCCAGGGGGCAGCCCGCAAGUGUCGCCACGCUUCCAAUGCCAACAUAGCAUGUCCACAACUUCCUAACCUGUACAUCUUUGGAAUGUGGGAGGAAACCGGAGCACCCUGAGGAAACCCACGCAGACACGGGGAGAACGUACAAACUCCUUACAGACAGCAGCUGGAAUUGAACCCAGGUCGCUGGCACUGUAAAGCGUUACGCUAACCGCUACACUACCGUGCCUGCCCUAGAGCGGUGGAUGUGGUGUACAUGGACUUUGGAAAGGCAUUUGUCAAGGUUCCCCAUAGUAGGCUCAUCUAGAAAAUCAUGAGGCAUGGUAUCCAUGGAGACUUGGUGCGUGGAUUCAGAAUUGGCUUGCCCGCAGAAGGCAGAGGGUGGUAGUAGAUGGAGAGUAUUCUGCCUGGAGGUCGGUGACCAGUGGUGUUCCGCAGGGAUCUGUUCUGAGACCCCUGCUUUGUGAUUUUUAUAAAUGACUUGUAUGAGGAAGUAGAGAGAUGGAUUAAUAAGUUUUCAGAUGAUACAAAGGAUAGUGUAGAAGGUUGUCAUAGGUUACAACGGGAUAUAGACAGGAUGCAGAAGUGGUAGAUGGAGUUCAAUCCGGAAAAGUGUGAAGUGAAACACUUCGGAAGGAUGAACAAAGGCAGAGUACCAAAUUACUGAAGAGCAGAUUGGGAGGCAGUUUUUGGAGAGAUGCGAAAAUAACAAGGUUAUUAUAACUGGAGACUUCAACUUUCCAAAUGUUGAUUGGCACCUACUUAGUGCCAAGGGUUGAGACGGGGCGCAGUUUGUUAGGUGUGUCCAGGACGGAUUCCUGACACAGUAUGUUGACAGGCCAACUAGAGGGAAUGCCAUAUUAGAUCUAGUUUUAGGUAAUGAACCGGGACAGGUGACAGAUCUAUCGGUGGGUGAGCAUUUGGGGUACAGUGACCGUUGCUCCAUAACCUUUAGAAUUGUUAUGGACAGGGAUAGGAGCAAAGAGGACGGGAAGAUAUUUAAUUGGGUAAAGUCGAAUUAUGAGGCUAUAAGGCGAGAACUUGGGAGUGUAAAUUGGGAUGACAUUUUUGAAGGGAAAUGUACUAUGGAGAUGUGGUCGAUGUUCAGGGAUCUUUUGCAGGAUGUUAGGGAUAAAUUUGUCCCGGUGAGGCAGAGAAGGAAUGGCAGGGUGAAGGAACCGUGGGUGACGAGAGAGGUGGAACAACUGGUUAGGAAGAAGAGGGCAGCAUACAUAAGGUGUAAGCAGCAAGGAUCAGACAGGGCUCGUGAGGAAUAUAGAGUAGCAAGGAAGGAACUUAAGAAAGGGCUGAGGAAAACGAGAAGGGGACAUGAAAAGGCUUUGGCGAGUAGGGUUAAGGAGAAUCCCAAGGCUUUUUUCUCGUACGUGAAGAGCAGAAGGAUGGCUAGGGUAAAGGUAGGUCCGAUUAAAGACAAAGGUGGGAGGAUGUGCCUGGAAGCUGUGGAAGUGGGUGAGGUUCUCAGCGAAUACUUCUCUUCAGUAUUCACCAAGGAGAGGGGUCUUGAUGAUGCUGAGGACAGUGUAGGCGAGGGUAAUGUUCUGGAGUAUGUAGAUAUCAAGAGAGAGGAUGUGUUGGAGUUGUUAGAAAAUAUUAGGACAGAUAAGUCCCCGGGGCCUGACGGAAUAUUCCCCAGGCUGCUUCGUGAGGCGAGGGAGGAGACUGCUGAACUGUUGGUUAGGAUCUUUGAGUCCUCGUUGUCCCCAGGGAUGGUACCGGAGGAUUGGAGGGUGGCAAAUGUUGUCCCCUUAUUCAAGAAAAGUAGUAGGGAUAGUCCAGGGAAUUACAGGCCGGUGAGCCUUGAGUCUGUGGUGGGUAAGCUGUUAGAAAGGAUUCUAAGAGAUAGGAUCUAUGAGCAUUUAGAGAAUCAUGGACUGAUUAGGGACAGCCAGCAUGGCUUUGUGAAGGGAAGAUCUUGCCUCACAAGCCUGAUAGGGUUUUUUGAGGAGGUGACCAGGAAGAUUGAUGAGGGUAGUGCAGUGGAUGUGGUCUACAUUGGAUUUUAGUAAGCCAUUUGACAAGGUUCUGCAUGGUAGGCUUCUUCAGAAGGUCAGAGGCCAAGGGAUCCGGGGAAGCUUGGCCGUGUGGAUUCAGAAUUGGCUUACCUGUAGAAAGCAGAGGGUUGUGGUGGAGGGAGUGCCUUCAGAUUGGAGGGCUGUGACUAGUGGUGUCCCGCAGGGAUUGGUUCUGGAACCUCUACUUUUUGUGAUAUUUAUUGAUGACUUAGAUGAGGGGGUGGAAGGCUGGGUUAGCAAGUUUGCAGAUGACACAAAGGUCGGUGGUGUUGUGGAUCGUGUGGAGGGCUGUCGAAGCUUGUAGAGGGAUAUUGAUAGGAUGCAGAGCUGGGCUGACAAGUGGUAGAUGGAGUUCAAUCCAGAGAAGUGUGAAAUGCUACAUUUUGGAAGGACAAAAUCCAAGGCGGAGCACAAGGUAAAUGGCAGGAUUCCGGGCAGUGUAGAGGAGCAGAGGGAUCUGGGGGUUCAUAUCCACAGAUCACUGAAAGUCGCCUCAUAGGUAGAUAGGGUAGUUAAGAAAGCUUAUGGGGUGUUAGCUUUCAUAAGUCGGGGGAUUGAGUUUAAGAGCCGCAAAGUGAUGAUGCAGCUUUACAAAACUCUGGUUAGGCCACACUUACUGUGUCCAGUUCUGGUCGCCUCAUUAUAGGAAGGAUGUGGAGGCGUUGGAGAGGGUGCAGAGGAGAUUUACCAGGAUGCUGCCUGGAUUGGAGAGUAUGGAUUAUGAGGAGAGACUAAAGGAACUAGGGCUUCUCUCAUUGGAGAGAAGGAAGCUGAAGGGAGACAUGAUCGAGGUAUACAAGAUAUUGAGAGGAAUAGAUAGAGCGCCUCUUUUCCAGGGCACCAAUGCUCAAUACAAGAGGAUGUGGCUUUAAGCUAAUGGGUGGGAAGUUCAAGGGCGAUGUCAGAGGGAGGUUUUUCACCCAGAGAGUGGUUGGUGCAUGGAAUGUGCUGCCUGGGGUGGUGGUGGAGGCUGAUACGUUGGUCAAGUUCAAGCGAUUGUUAGAUAAGCAUAUGGAGGAAUUUACGAUAGAGGGAUAUGUGGGAGGAAGGGGUUAGAUAGUCUUAGGUGUGGUUUGAAGGGUGGCACAACAUGGUGGGCCGAAGGGCCUGUAUUGUGCUGUAUUGUUCUAUGGUUCUAAGUUAAUGGCAGGAUUCUUACAGUGUGGAGGAACAGAGGGAUUUUGGGGUCCAAGUCCAUAGAUCCCUCAAGGUUAUCACACAAGUUGAUAGGGUGGUUAAGAAGCCGUAUGGUGUGCUGGCCUUCAUUAGUCGGGGGAUUGAGUUCAAGAGCCACCAGGUAAUGUUGCAGCUCUAUAGAACUCUGGUUAGACCACACUAGAAUUUUCUAUUCAGUUCUGGUCACCUCAUUAUAGGAAGGAUGUGGAAGCUUUAGAGAGGGUGCAGAGGAGAUUUACCAGGAUGCUGCCUGGAUUCGAAAACAUGUCUUAUGAGAAAUGGUUGAGUGAGCUAGGGCUUUUCUCUUUGGAGCGAUGCAGGAUGAGAGGUGACUUGAUAGAGGUAUAUAAGAUUAUGAGGGGCAUAGAUAGAGUGGACAGCCAGCACCUUUUCCCCAGGGUGGCCAAUAUUCGAGGACAUCAGUUUAAGGUCAGAGGAGAAAAGUUCAGGGGAGAUGUUGGAGGUAGGUUACUUUCACACAGAGCGGUGGGUGCCUGGAACAUGCUGCUGGGAGUGGUGGGAGAGGCUGAUACAAUAGGGCCAUUUAAAAGACUCUUAGAUAGGCACAUGGAAGGAAGUAAAAUGGAGGGUUAUGGGCUGUGUAGGAGGGAAGGGUUAGAUUGAUCAGGGAGUAGGUGUAUAUAUAGGUUGGCACAACAUUGUGGGCCGAUGGGCCCGUACUGUACUGUACUGUUCUAUGUUCCAUGUUUCUUAAAAAUGAGGUGCACUUCAUCCCAUUAUUUCCCUGCUCCGUCAUUAUUCAUGGGGAAGAGUCCUGGAUGUUUCCUGGGGUUGAGUGGUUUUGUCUGGACUACACAUCUUCCAGCUUCCUAAUUAAUGGCUCUACCUGCAGACUUUGUGUUUUGAUCUUGUGUUGUUGAGGUGUAUGUGUUUGUUGAUCACAGAUGCAACUCUCCCUUCAUGUGCUAUUCUUUGAAAAGCUAAGGUAUGGAACUGAUCCUGAUGUAAUCCUGAUUGGAGAGGAUUCUUCAGGAUAGGAUUUAUGAGCAUUUGGAAAACCAUGGCCUAAUUAGGGACAGUCAGCAUGGCUUUGUGUGGGGUAGGUUGUCUCUCAGUAAUUAUUGAGUUUUUCAAGGAGGUGACAAAGAUGAUUGAUGAAGGUCUACGUGGAUUUUAGUAAGGCGUUUGACAAGGUCCCUCAUGGGAGGCUCAUCCAGAAGAUUCAGAUGUAUGGGAUCCACGGUGACUUGGUAGUUUGGAUUCAGAAUUGACUUGCCCAUAGAACACAGAGGGUAGUGGUUGAUGGGUCUUAUUCGGGCUGGAGGUCUGUGACCAGUGGUGUUGUGCAGAGAUCUGUACUGGGACCUCUGCUGUUUGUGAUAUAUAUAAAUGACCUGGAUAAAAACAUGAAUGGGUUAGUAAAUUUGCAGAUGAUACAAAGAUUGGUGGUGUUGUGGAUAGUGUCGAAGAUCGCCAAGGGAUACAGUGGGAUAUAGAUCAGUUGCAGAUAUGGAUGGAGAAAUGGCAGAUGGGGGUUUAAUCUGGGUAGGUGUCAGGUGCUGCAUCUUGGGUAAUCAAAUGUAAAGAGACAGUACACUGUUAAUGACAAGACCCUUAACAGCAUUGAUGUACAGAGGGAUCUUGGGGUCCAAAUCCAUUGCUCCCUGAAAGUGGCAACACAGGUUGAUAGGGCGGUAAAGAAGGCAUAUGGCAUGCUUGCCUUCAUUAGUCGAGGCAUUGAGUUCAAAUGUGCAAAGUCAUGCUGCAGCUUUAUAAAACUCUGGUUUGGCUGCAUCUGGAGUAUUGCAUUCAGUUCUGGUCGCCCCAUUACAGGAAGGAUGUGGAGGCUUUGGAGAGGGUGCAGAAGAGGUUUAUCAGGAUGCUGCCUGGAUUAGAGGGCGUGUGCUAUAAGGAGAGGUUGGACAAACUUGGGUUGGUUUCUCUGGAGCAGCAGAGGCUGAGGGGAGACCUUGUAGAAGUGUAUAAGAUUAUCAUAGAUAGAGUAGACAGCUGGUAUUUCCCAGGGUCAAGAUGCCUAAUACCAGAGGGUGUGCAUUUAAGGUGAGAGGGGGUAAGUUCAAAGGAGAUGUGGGAAGCAAGUUUUUUUUUACACAGAGUGGUGGGUGCCUGGAAUGUGCUGCCUGGGGUGGGGGUGGAGGUAAAUAUGAUAGAGGCGUUUAAGAGGCUCUUAGAUAGACACAUGAGUGUGCAGAGAAUGGAGGGAGAUGGAUAUUGUGUAGGCAGAAGGGAUUAGUUUAGUUAGGUCAUUUAUGACGUUUAACUAGUUCGGCACGACACUGUGGGCCGAAGGGCCUGUUCCUGUGCUGUACUGUUCUAUGUUCUAGUAAUCCAACUUGUCACAUCCUGUCAAUUAGAGCAACAACAUUUUUAUCUCUGAUCUGUAUCUGCUGCCAACUAAACAAUUACCAAGCCUUGA